CAAAUUGUUAUCGGUGCCGGGAAGGUUUUGGUGGAGAUACUAGAUGUAGAGCAUGUGACAGUGCUUGCAAUACUGGAUUAGAAAGAUGUACUGGAUCAGGAUCUGGUGAUUGCUGUCUUGUAUUCUUACCUAAUGGAGACUGUAGUGAUGAUUGCUCAUCCUUUGGUGUGGAUUAUGCUGCUAGUGAAGACACUGAUUAUAAAUGCAUUUGUAAUUUAACCUGUGCUCUUGGUCAUUCACCAAACAGCAACUGCACUGAAUGUAUAUUCAAUGAUAUUUGUGAUAUUAGCAAUCCUUGUUUGAAUGGAGGAGAGUGUACAUCAUUUAGUGGCAUGAACAAUUAUACAUGUAACUGUACAGGAACUGGAUAUCAAGGGAUUAACUGCUCAGUGUCUCUACCUUCAUCAGUUGCAUCUCCUACACCAGCUGUUUCACCUUCAGUUGUUUUAAUAAAUACAGUAACACCUAAUCUUUUUCCUUCGUCCUCUUCGGAUGUUACAACAGCACCAGUUACAUUGAUAAUAGUAAUAAUAGCAAUAGUGAUUGGUCUCCUGCUCCUACUAAUAAUAGGAGGACUGAUUGCAUUCAGUGUUUAUUCUUAUGCUACAAAAGGGAAGAGGAAAACUUUCCCUCUCAAAGAGAGGAUAGGAUGGAGAAAGAAGCCAGAAAUAGUUUGAAAAGACGUUUCAGCUAAUUAAAUGUUGCUAAAUCAAUUGGAGUAUAAUAUUUAAUUGUGCUAACAACAAAAGUGAUGAAAUGAUUAAUGAAAAGUGA